UAUCAAGCUUUUGGCUGUACAGGAGCUGGUCGAUAGAGAAGCGCUGGAAAAGUUUUGUAUGGAGCUGAACCAGCCGACGCUGCCAAACAUCCGCAAGUGGAAGGGCCCUAGAGGAUGUUGGAAGGGUGUUGUUUCCGAAAAGCCCUCAGGCCAGCUACACAAGGGAGUUGAAUAUUCUGGCUUCCUCUGGGAUACUACAGCUGGCAUCGAACUGAAAGAUGCCUCAUCUCAGGAGAGUCCACAGACUAAUGGCAAUGGGAAGCACUCGUAUCCUCACCCUUAUCUUGCACAUUUCAAGGUUGGGAUGAAUGAUCUAACAGUGGUUAACCUUCACCUGGCCCUGUCGGUGGGUGAGAACACCGGGAAGAACCACGACAGCCACAAACUGGCAGCCUUUGCACAGACUCUGCAGGAGACACUGAAAGGAGAAAAAGACGUGAUCAUCCUGGGAGAUUUUAACCAGGCCCCAGACACAAGCGACCACGACAUACUGAGGAAGGAGAAGUUCCAUCACCUGGUCCCUUCCAGCACCUUCACCAACAUCAGCACAAAGAACCCACAAGGAUCCAAGUCACUGGAUAACAUCUGGAUCAGCCGGAGCUUGAAAAAGCUUUUCACAGGCCACUGGGCUGUCGUGCGCGAAGGUCUCACAAACCCAUGGAUCCCUGAUAACUGGUCCUGGGGUGGGGUGGCCUCGGACCACUGCCCCGUGCUCGCCGAGUUCUACCUGGAAAAGGACUGGAGCAGGAAGGAGGUGACGCGGAACGGGAACGGGGUGACGGUGGAACGCAACGACUCCCAUGCUAAGCAUGAACGAUGACGUGAACUUGAGGGUGUCUUCUGCUCCCCGGGGAGCAGCCGCUGGCUUCCUCCCCUUCUCCCUCCUUCCCGCUCUCCUCCCCGUGCCUAGAGAGCAUCAGCACUUGAUUUUGGUGGUCAGGGCUUCGUGCCCCUCCUGGACAGUCGUGGGGUGUCUCAU